AUGGAGGCUUCGUCAUUGCCAGCCGUGCUGGCUGUCGCCGCCGCCGCCCCGGCCCCGGAGACGCCGGGCUACAAGCCCGCUCCGGCCCCCUACCACCCGGCCCCCUCCUACAAGCCGGCCUCUUACCACCCGGGGCCCCAGUACGAGGAGGAGGCCGAGCCGUUCGCCUACGACUACGCCGUCAGUGACCACUAUACCGGCACCAACUUCGCCAAGAAGGAGGAGAGCGAUGGCCACAACACCCAAGGAUAUUACUCGGUGGCAUUGCCCGACGGCCGUGUCCAGCACGUCAAGUACGUCGCCGACAACUACGGCGGCUACAACGCUGAUGUCACCUACGAGGGAGAGGCCCAGUACCCCGAGUACCACCCCGCCCCUGCCUACAAGGUUUCUGCACCUGCCUAUAAGGCUGCCGCUCCGGCCUACAAGCCUGUCCACAAGUCUGCGUACAACAAUGCCGCUCCGGCAUAUAAGCCUGCGACAUACCAAUAA